UCAGUGGAACACCAAUCAAUGGAUAGAGCCGAAUACAUCGGCUCGGUCAUGGGACAUGUACACUGAUCAUCAGGGCACUGAUGAUAAGAGAGCCUUGAUGAUCAGUGUAGCCCCAGCAGUGCCACCUGUCAGUGUCCAUCAAUUCCAGCUGUCAGUGCUCAUCAAUGCCACCUGCCAGUGCCCAUCAGUGCCACAUAUCAGUGCCUACCAGUGCACAUCAAUGCCACAUAUCAGUGCCCAUCUGAGCUGCCUUUCAGUGCCCACCUAUCAGUGCCACCUAUCAAUGCCAGUCAGUGCCACCUAUCAGUGCUGUCAAUCAGUGCCACAUAUCAGUGCCAUCUAUCAGUGCCAUAUAUGAGUGCUGCCUUUCAGUGCCCAUCAAUUAUGCCUGUCAAUGGCCAUCGGUGCUACCUACCAGUGCCUCCUCAUCAAUGCCCAUCAGUGCAACCAAUCAGUGCCCAUCAGUGCAGCUUAUCAGUGUCCAUCACUGCAGCCUCAUUAGCGCACAUCAAUGAAGGAGAAAAAGCACUUAUUUACAAAAUUGUAUAACAAAAACUUAGAAAAAAAUUUUUUUUUCAAAAUUUUCAGUUGUUUUUGGUUUGAUUAGCAAAAAAUAA